UUCUUCUUCAACUUCAACCCGCCGCUUCACUCCUUCUUCUCCUUCUCCUUCUUCGUCGUCUUCAGUGGUGCGCAGGAUAGAAAUUGUACGCCCCUUAUGCGUGUUUAAACUUUUACUUAAUGGCGUCUUCUCCCUCCACCUCUCUUUCUCUCCCAUCUCUCACCAAGGUUUCUGCUGGGUCGGCUCGCCAGAGAAGUGGGUUGCGGGUUGCACGCUUCGGCGGCUCUGAUUCCGGCAACGGGCUGUUUCCUCCUCAAGUGGCGGUUUCCCGGCGGAGUUUCCGGCGUCCGGUGAUUAAGGCGGCGUAUAACGCAGGUGAGAGCUCGAGGCGUAGGGAUUAUAGGGAGUCACAGGCGGAGAGUGGCUUUGCUAAUGCUCGGGUGAAGCAGAUUGCGUCGUCCGUCUUACCGGUGGGCAGUUUUGUGGUCGUCACUUUCGUUCUUUGGAAAUUGGUCGAGAAGUUUAUGUCACCAAAGGCUUCAAAGACUUCUGCUGGAGAAAACAAAUCUGCUUCCUCGGGAGUGAAAUGGUCAAUUGCUGCUGGUACAAAUUUGUUACAGGGAUUUGCUGCAAAGGUUGAUAGAGAUGCCAAGCAGAGGCUUAAUGAAUUUGCCAAAGAGCUCAGGUCGUUUAGAAGUGUUGACAUGUCAGGAUGCAACUUUGGUGAUGAAGGAUUGUUUUUUCUUGCUGAAAGCCUUGGGUAUAAUCAGACUGUAGAGGAAGUUAGUUUCGCUGCCAAUGGAAUUACAGCUGCGGGAUUAAAAGCCUUUGACGGUGUUCUUCAGGCUAAUAUCGUGUUAAGGGUCCUUAACCUUUCUGGGAACCCAAUCGGCGAUGAAGGGGCAAAGGCUUUAUGUGCUACAUUAGUGGAUAAUUCCAGCAUUGAGAUACUUCAGCUGAACAGUACUGAUAUUGGAGAUGAGGGUGCUAAGGAAAUUGCAGAGUUGUUGAAGAGAAAUCCAACUUUGAGGGUUAUCGAGCUGAAUAAUAAUAUGAUUGAGUAUUCUGGAUUCACAAGUCUAGCUGGAGCUCUUAUCGAAAAUAAUACAUUACGAAACUUACAUCUCAAUGGGAACUAUGGCGGUGCUUUGGGUGCCAAUGCUUUAGCUAAGGGGCUGGAGGGUAACAAAUCCUUAAAGGAACUUCACUUGCAUGGGAACUCCAUUGGAGAUGAAGGGAUUCGUGCUCUGAUGGCUGGUCUAUCUUCCCAUAGAGGAAAACUCACUUUAUUAGACAUAGGUAACAACUCCAUCACAGCAAAGGGUGCGUUCUAUGUGGCAGAAUACAUAAAGAGAAGCAAGAGUUUGCUUUGGUUGAACCUGUACAUGAACGAUAUUGGGGAUGAGGGAGCUGAAAAGGUUGCUGAAGCUUUGAAGCAAAACCGAUCCAUCACAACCCUAGACUUGGGUGGAAAUAACAUCCAUGCUGAGGGAGUUGCCGCCAUAGCUCAAGCCCUGAAAGAUAAUACUGUUAUUACAACGUUGGAGCUUGGUUAUAAUCCCAUCGGAGCCGACGGAGCUAAAGCAUUAUCCGAAAUUCUGAAGUUCCAUGGUAACGUUAAAACGCUCAAACUUGGUUGGUGUCAGAUAGGAGCUAAAGGUGCGGAAUUCAUUGCAGACUCGCUAAGAUAUAACAACACAAUAUCGGUUCUGGAUUUACGGGCUAAUGGACUUCGAGACGAGGGUGCCUCCUGCUUGGCUCGGAGCUUGAAAGUAGUUAACGAAGCUUUGACAUCGAUAGAUUUAGGGUUCAACGAGAUUCGGGACGACGGGGCAUUUGCAAUUGCUCAAGCCCUGAAGGCGAACGAAGAUGUGACAGUUACAUCGAUAAACCUCGGGAACAACUUCAUUACCAAGUUUGGACAGGGUGCUCUUACAGAUGCUAGAGAUCAUGUUCUUGAGAUGACUGAGAAAGAAGUUGAAAUUUUCUUUUGAGGACGACAAGGCCCAUUUCUUUUGGUGUAAUCUUGUAACCAUAUGCCAUUAUGAGUUUCAUUUUUAUUCACAUUUUUGUUUUAUUUUAUGAUUAUGUGAGAAAGUUCUCUCCAAUUUAUAACCGUGAAAUAAAUUAUGAAAUUGUGGUUC